CACACACGCACACACACACACACACUCGGGGGGGAUUUUUACAGAAGUGUUUGAUCAGGAGACACCGGCACCGCGCGCAUGAAGAAGAACAGGAGCUUCUGCCCCGGGGGUGCGGGCAUGUCCGCGCUGCUCGCGCUCAUCCUCAUCCCGCUGCACACACACGCGAACUCUGUGUUGGGGAACAUGACCGAGUCAGCAAGCCCUCCAAACACAACCUCCGUGUCUGUGGAAAGUGACGGGCCAAAGCUGGAUGACGAGCUGUCCAAACCAGUCAGCAACAUGUUCCUCAUCCUGCGAUCUGGACGCAAGCCCAGGGAUGGAGGAGAGCUCGGAAGCGGACUUCAGGAAGACGACCAUCCUCCGACUUCUACUCUGUCCUUUAAACAGGUGACGACUGAGGACGUAAACAUCAGCCUUGAUUCCGCCGAGAAGGACCAUCUCCUGCCUGAAGUGACGAUAAAGGAACCUUUUCCAAGCGCAUCCUCUAAGAGUCCCUCGCAUGACACUGAGGAGAAAAUGGAGUCUGCGGUGUUGGAUUUGGACCUAAAUCAAGAUUCGGACCCGGACCCACAGGAGCCUCCGACUACACUGACCCCAUUUCCUUCUGAUUCACCAGUCCAUACAGACCUCCCUGUGGUGGAUUUCUUUGAUACCAGAUCCCGUGUCAAUGAGCUCGCCACUCCUUCUCCUACCGCGCAUGAGCUUAAGGGUCGCGAACCUACCGCUUGGGCGAUGACCAACAAUUACGAUGACCUCUCUCCGUAUGACCAAACAGUUGCUCCUACAUCAGAAGAGGAAGAAGACACCACCAAACCUGAUAAGAACUUUGAUGAGCUGAGCACCACGCCUCCACCACCUCCACCGAGGAACUUCCACCCUCACGUCCCAAAACCUUUUAUUCCUGCUCGUGAGAAAGAACCACCUAUUAACCAUAACAAAUUGGGCAAGAGCAGCAGUGCCGAUUGUCGUGUAGGCUCCGUGCUCGUUAACGGGACCUGCAAGUCUAAGUGUGAUAUGAUGCCAAAUUAUUGUUUAAACGGGGGCCAGUGCUUUGUGCUAGAUGGAACUGGAGUCUUCUGCAGGUGUAACAUUCAGGACUACGUGUGGCACAAAGGCGCACGCUGCGAGUCCGUCAUCACCGAGUUCCAGGUCAUGUGCAUCGCCAUCGGGGCCUCAGCGCUCACCGUGCUCCUGCUCUUCAUGAUCAUCGUCUGCUUCGCCAAGAAACUGCACGUGCUCAAGACCGAGAACAACAAACUACGCAAGCGCAGCAGCAGUAAGUACCGUCCAUCGUCGGAGCAGCACAAUGAUAAUUUCUCUCUGUCCACCAUCGCUGAGGGCUCCAACCCAAACGUAAGGAAACUGUGCGACUCUCCUCCUCAUGCUCGUGCUUUGGCUUACUAUGAUAACAUUAUCUGUCAGAAAACGAUGAGCAGAUACACCUGGGAGUGUAAGACCAAAGAGGAGCCGAGCUGUGAGGACGAUCCUAACUCCCAGAAUAAGCUGGAGGACGCGGUGAAGUCUCCUCCCCCCAAAGAGGACGAGUCUCUGAACAUCCAGAACUCACUCACUCCAAAACACGAGAACCACAAGGUUCUGGGUGAGGAGAACUCCUCGGAGGUGAACUCGCUCCAGAACAACAUGAUGUAGAGGGAAAAGCGACGGCAAACCACACAGAUCCACCUCCACCUUCGCAACCACAACGUCUAUAAUCCCGCCCACUCACUCUGACACCCAAUGAAAGUUCACCUCUAGUCCCGCCCCUUUUCUUAGCCUGUUUGCCCACUUUUGCCUUGACCUUCACACGCACACACACAUACACACACACACACACACACACAACAGUGAUAGGCAAUAUGAUUCAAUUGACUGAUUCGAUUUUUUGAAUGGCUUGUUUGAGUGAAUCAAACUCACGAUUCAUUUGAUUGAUUUUGGCUGUUCAGUGACGCAUCAGGACGACGAUCCUACACGUGACGUGCGACAACAAACAGGAAGACAAAAUAAAUCACAAACAAUAAAAUACAGGUUCAUUAUUUAUAGAUACAUUCUCUUGGAGAAGAAUCAUAAGAAUCGAUUUUGAUUCAUGAAGUAGCCACGAUUCACUGCCUUUGAUUUGUGAGUGAGAAAUGAAGGACUGUGAGCUGUGAGAAUAAAAACAAACAUCUCAAACAUGUUUAAGUGAAAAGUUGGUUCGAGAUAAACACGGCUCAGACAGCUCACUAGUCUCCUGCUCCUGGUGCUUGUGAAUUGAUUCAUCUGAUUCACUUAAAAGAGUCAUUAGGCCAAAACAAAUCAUUUAUAAAGUUUAAAGAGAUGUUCAAAAGAACUGAAUCAUUCAUUAAUCGCCAAUCACUUCACACACACACACACACACACACACACACACACACCCUGAUUUCUGGCAUGCGUCGGUGUAUUUUGUAUAAAGAAUAAACUAAGAUUAACCGUGUAUGAGUUUUAAAGUGUAAAGUGUUGUGCUAGAGAGAUGACUCGCUCGGUGUUCAGUGUCUGACUAAUUCAGUGUGUGUGUGUGUGUGUGUGUGUGUGUGUGUGUUUAAAUAGAAGAUUUAUAGCAGUUCAGUACUGCUCCGAUUGAUGUAAAGAUCAAAGCGCAGUGUGUGUCUCUGUUUCUUUGAUGUGAUUUCUAAUCCUUUGAUGUACUUGUUUUUAUUUUGUACUUUUUUGGAAACAGAAAUAAAAAACACACACUUGUUGAAAUAAAAUCUUUUUAACAUGAACAA